CCUGCCGCUGCUGCUGCGCCACGACGCCACGCUCCUUCGCCCCGUGCUGCCCCCCGAGGACCUGGCCGCCGUGGUGGGCGCGUGCUCGCGGUACAGCCGGCGGGGCAGCUUCGCCGGGGACCCACCCUCCUCCACCAUGGCCAGCUACCACGCCGGGUCCAGCGGCCGGUCCUCGCUGCAGGGCCAGGGCAGCCAGGGCCUGGCGCCGGGCCGCGGGGAGCGCUGGGCCUCUGCCGCCGGGCAGGUGCUGAGGUCCGGAGCCCUUGGGGGCGGCCCGCAGGCUCACCAGGACCCCGAGCUGAGCCGCGCGCUAAAGACGCUCUGGGACAACGCCGAGGUGCGGGACAUGGUCAGGACGCGGCUGCUGCCCCUCGUGUCCUCGACGGGCUCCGUGUUCUUGGAGUACCUGGUCCGCCUGCGCCGCGUGGCAGCCCAGCGCCUGGCACGGUCCCCGGAGUCGGAACGCGCCCGCGAGGCCGAGCUGUGCGCGGCGUGGCGCGGCGGCCGUCAGCUGGACGCGGCUCGCGCGCGCCUGGAGGACCAGAUCUGCCAGCAAGCCGAGCAGCUCGGCGGCCAGGUAGCGGACAACGCCAGGAGCGUGGCUCUCCUCCGGCACAACGUGAACCUCGUGCGGCGUCAGUGCCAGGAUGAAGUGAAGCUCAUCGUGGACAAGUCGGAGCGCGCCAUGGUCCUGGAGUGGCGCAACAGCGAGUACCGUCAGGAGAACCUCAAGGCGGAGCUCACCUCGGCCAGCGACAAGAUGGCGGCAACCCUGGCGGCGCACCUGGCCGAGGAGAAAGAGCUCCGCGUCAAGAGGCACAAGAUGGAAACCCUACUGCUCACGUGGCUCCAGAAGUUCGACGCCGACGUGGGUGAAAAAUUCCAAGAGCACGAAGAGUUGACGGCCGAAUACGAGAGUGAAGUGAAGCAAAUGGCGGAGCUGACGGAGCGGAUGUCAGACCAAGAGGAGGAGUAUCAGCGGCUGCUGGCCGAGAAGCUGCGUUACGAGAAGGAGGAAGAGGAUGAGGUCAUCUUCUCGUUGGCGAGCAAGCACGCUGCCAAAGUGAUCCAGCGGGCGUGGCGCGGCUACAGGAUGCGCAAGCGGCUCGCCAAGGCGGCCAAGAAGAAGGGCAAGGGCAAAGGCAAGGGGAAGGCCAAGCCCAAGUCAAAAUAG